AUGCCGGAGAAGGUUCGAACCGUGUUCGCUGACUCGGACGACGAGAAAGUAGAGAAAAAGGUCGUCACAACACCCCAAGAAGAACCCGCCCGCAAGAAGAAGCGGAGCAAGAAGCGCAAGCUCGAUGAGCCCGAGGCCCCGAAGGUUGCCGAUCGCGAGCAAAAUGAGACCGCAUCACCUGUGAAGCAGGCCGAAAUCUCAAAGCCAGCCACACAAAUCGAGGAAAAGAGCGCGCCUCUUCCUGCCAGCGCCCCAGCUUCGAAGCUACACCCGAGGCCGAAAUCGAAACCCUUCACAGACACCAAAACCAAUUUCACACCCCUACGCGAAAAGGCCAAGGCUCUGCUCGAGACACGGCGGAAACUCCCGGUUUUCGAAAACGCAGACUUGAUCCGAAACAAUCUCCGCGAACAGGAUGUUAUGCUCUUGGUUGGUGAGACAGGUAGCGGAAAGAGUACCCAGAUUCCCCAGUUCCUGGUUGAUGAAUUCUGGUGUCGGCCUGUACCCACGGAGAUUACCCGGGAUGGAAAGACUGAGAAGAAGACUGUCGGCGGGUGCAUUGCUAUUACGCAGCCUCGACGAGUCGCUGCUAUUUCGUUGGCGCGUCGUGUUGCGGAGGAGAUGGGCACACCGCUUGGAAACCACUCGCCGGCUAGCAAAGUUGGUUACUCGGUGCGAUUCGAUACAUCCGUCUCGCCUAGUACUCGCGUCAAGUUUUUGACGGAGGGUAUGCUGCUUCAAGAGAUGUUGCAUGAUCCCUACUUGACGAAGUAUAGCGCUAUUGUGGUUGAUGAGGUCCACGAGCGUGGUAUUAAUGUUGAUUUGACGCUGGGUUUCUUGCGAAACCUUGUCUCUGGGACUCUUGAGGGCCGUGGUGGUGUCCCGCUGAAGGUGGUGGUCAUGAGUGCCACUGCAGAUAUGGAGAGCUUGACUGGCUUCUUCCAGGAUGGAUACAAAGUUCCCGAGGCCGAAAAGAAGGCCAUUGGGAAUGGAGACGAGGAUGAUAAAAUGGAAACUUCAACCUCGAAGACGAUUUCCAUCUGUCAUAUCAAAGGUCGUCAGUUCCCUGUCAAAACAAUUUACUCGCCUGCGCCCGUGCAUGACUUUGUGGAUGCAGCGCUUAAGACUAUUUUCCAAAUCCAUCAAAAGGAGCCCAUGCCCGGUGACAUUCUUGUCUUCUUGACUGGUCAAGAAACCGUGGAGGCGUUGGAGCAUCUCGUGAAUGAGUAUGCUAUGGGAAUGGAUCCAUCACUUCCUAAAAUCUUGGUCCUGCCUCUGUUUGCAGCGCUUCCACAGGCAGCCCAGCAGCGCGUCUUUGCUCCUGCCCCGCCGCGAACUCGCAAAAUCGUACUGUCUACCAACAUUGCCGAGACAUCAGUUACUGUCUCCGGUGUUCGACAUGUUAUUGACUGUGGCAAGGCCAAGGUCAAGCAAUUCCGUUCUCGUCUUGGGUUGGAUUCGCUUCUGGUCAAGCCCAUCUCCAAGUCCGCUGCGAUCCAGAGAAAGGGCCGCGCAGGUCGUGAGGCUCCUGGACAAUGUUUCCGGCUGUAUACUGAAAAGGAUUAUCUGGCUCUCGAUGAGACCAAUACUCCUGAAAUCCUUCGAUGUGAUCUCAGCCAAGCCCUGCUCAAUAUGAAGGCCCGUGGCGUUGAUGACAUUGUCAGAUUCCCAUUCCUGACUCGCCCACCUCGUGAGGCAUUGGAAAAGGCUCUCUUGCAACUUCUGAAUAUUAAUGCCCUCGAAGAGUCUGGAUCAAUUAGCGCCGUCGGCUUACACAUUGCCAAGCUGCCCUUGACACCAACUCUGGGACGCGUCCUUCUAGCAGCUGCUGAGAACGGCCCUGAAUGUCUAAUGGAUGUGAUCGACAUUAUCUCUUGUCUCAGUGUGGAGAACAUUUUCCUCAACACUACUUCAGAAGAAAAGAAAGAAGCAGCAGAGGCCGCGCGUCGCGAUCUAUACCGGCGCGAGGGUGAUCAUUUGACAAUGAUGACAACCGUUCGAGUCUACGCCGCCGAACACGCCGAUCGCAAGGCCUGGGCAGAGCGCCAUCUGGUUUCACAUCGAGCAAUGCAAUCAGUAAUGGUGAGUAUACAGUCCACCGCAUCUCAUUAUGAAAACAAGCUAACCAGAGUACAACAGGAUGUCCGAAAACAACUCCGCACCCAAUGUCGACAAGCCAAGCUCCUCACCAAUGAGGCCCUGAAUUCUACCAAAGUCUACGAUCCCUCGCCCAUUCUCAUUCUCCGCAGUUUCCUGGCUGGUUUCGCUACCAAUACUGCACGUCUUGUGCCCGAUGGCAGCUACCGCACUAUUGUCGGGAACCAGACUGUCGCCAUCCAUCCUUCAAGUGUGCUGUACGGCAAGAAGGUCGAGGCAAUUAUGUACAACGAGUUCGUGUUCACGAAUCGCAGUUACGCGCGUGGCGUCAGUGCUGUGCAAAUGGACUGGGUGGGUGAGGCGCUGGCUGGUUCUGAUUAG